UAUCUGGUCCAAGAGUUUUUGGCUCUCCCUCAGCACAUAAAUGUGACUCCAAGAGCUGAAGAUUACCAGUGUGUGCUCAAAGAGUGUUUGGAAAAGAAGGGGAUCGAGACUCCCACUGCAAGAUGGAUUUAUACUGGGUCACUACAGUCCUCCUGACAUUUAUCAUAGCCAGCGUGUUGGCUAAGUAUAUAAAGAUAUUAUUGGAGAGGUCAAACCUGCCUCCUGGACCAAUGCCUCUUCCCAUCAUCGGUACUCUUCAUAAGAUUAGUUUAACCAAUAUUGUGAAGUCCCUCAGGAAUUUGUCGAAAACAUAUGGUGACUUCUUUACUGUGUAUGAAGGGAGCCAGCCGGUUAUUGUGCUAUGUAGUUAUGAUGCCAUCAAAGAGACUUUUAUUGACAAACCAGAUGAGUUCAGUGGACGAGGUUAUUUUCCUUCGUUCUUUGACUUUACCAAAGGAGAUGAUUUUGCAUUCAGUAGUGGGGAAAAAUGGAAGGCGCUGAGACGUUUUUCCGUGCUAACACUGAAUAAUUUUGGAGUUGGAAAACGCAGCUUCGAGGAGAGGAUACAUGAGGAGGCCGGGUUUCUGUGUGAUGUGCUGAGGAAAACAAAUGGAGCUUCAAUAAAUCCCAAUUAUCAUAUACUACGUUCUAUGUCCAAUGUGAUUUGCUCCGUGGUGUUUGGUAGCCGGUUUGAUUAUCAAAAUGAGCAUUUCCAAAAUCUGGUGAAAUGUGUUCAAGACAACUUUGCUCUCAUGAGCACACGCUCGGGACUACUUUAUAACAUAUUCCCGAAUGUCAUGAAAUACUUACCUGGACCUCACCAUAAAAUCAUGGAAAACUUUAAAUUCAUCACAGACUAUAUCAACAAGAGGAUGGAGGAAAACAUGAAGACUUUGGACAGUAAUAACCCAAGGGAUUUUAUAGACUGUUUCUUGAUCAAAAUGGAGAAGGAAGGGAAGAAUAAAGAAGCAUUCUUCAAUCCCAAUACAUUGGUGAUGUGCUCUAUGGUCUUGUUCUUUGGUGGGACAGAAUCAGUCAGCCUUACUCUGAGAUAUGUAUUGUUAAACCUCAUGAAACACCCUGAAAUAGCAGAGAAGCUUUACAGGGAGAUAGACAAUGUAAUUGGCCAACGUCUGCCAAAUUUUGAGGACAGACUUAAUAUGCCUUACACAGAAGCUUUCAUAAAUGAGGUCCAGAGAUAUGGCGAUGUAGUACCCUUGAGUCUUCCCCAUGAAUUGACCGUGGAUGCUGAGAUUCGCAAUUAUAAAUUGAAAAAGGGAACAGUUUUCACUCCCGUGCUGACGAGUGUACACUUUGACAAAGCAAAGUUCAAUAAUGCUGAGAAUUUUGACCCCAAAAACUUUUUGGAUGAAAAUGGUAAAGUUCUAAAGAAAGAUUCCCUUAUGCCAUUUUCCGCAGGUAAGAGAAUUUGCCCGGGCAAGAACUUGGCACUCAUGGAGCUCUUCAUUUAUAUCACAACACUAUUGCAGAACUUCACCUUCAAGUCACCCUUGCCACCUGAAGAGAUCUCAGUUGCUCCAGUUGCAAUUGGACUUGGAAAUAUCCCUCCCAGCUUUGAGAUAAUAUUCAUACCCCGUACAGGUUCUCAAGCGUAAUAUAAUAAUGUCAUAAUUAGUACGGAUAUGUGCGAUCAUGUGAUUUGGAAGACGUUCAUGAGUGCAGGAAUCAACUUGGUGACAGGGAAGAGUCAAAAUAUUCAAAUUCUCACUUAAAAGCAGUCUGUCACCAAAAUGUCAUCUUGUGCGCUGCUUACAUAGUGCUAUAGCACAAAUAAACUUGAUGUAAAUGGUACCUUUUUUAUUUUCUUCCAUUGUUCAUAAACAGCAAAAAUGUGGUUUUAUUGAUAUGCAAAUGAGGGCUCGCAAGUGCCCAGGGGUAGCGUUCGGCCAGUAAGUGCCCAGGCCGCUCUGCCUUCUCCGUGCAUAACUUCUCCCUAACCCCUCGUCUGGCCCGCCCUGUAAUCUCUACGUCAUGCUGUUGAGUGGCAGAGAUCCCGCUUGUGUGCAGUUCGCAGCUGGGCCCAGCGCCAGCUAUCCCUAGCGGAAUGCCGUUAGCUGGCACAUGCGCACUGCUGGGAGCCAGGCUGAUUCCCACAGUGGUCAGAACAGUGCACAUGCCCAGGCCCGGUGGUUAACUGCUCAAGAACGGCAUCUACAGGGAUUACAGGGCGGGCCAGAUGAUGGGUUAGGGAGGAGUUAUGCACGGAGAAGGCAGAGUGGCCUGGGCAGUUACUGUCCAUCCAGUUCAGCCAAUCAAUUCUGAUUCAAUCAGGCAAUCAGAAUAACUCCCUGGAUCAACG